UGAUUUGAAAUGAAUUUUUAAUAAAAGAACUGAAUUAAAUUUCUUCUCCUGGGUGAAUCAGAUGGAGAUCCAGAGAGAAUCCACACCGACGCCUGAGGACGACGACAUGGAGAUCAUCACCAUCUACAUUAACAGAGAAUUCAUGAAGCAGGUCCAGGACUCGCCGGGGAGCGCCAACGUCCGUCUGUCCGAUAGUGUGGACGAGAAGGUUGGGGUCACUAAGUCCACCAUCAGCGUCAUGUCAGAGGAGCUUAAUGUGGCCUCCUCCCUGCUGACCGACUCCGUCCUGGAUGAGGACGAGGUGACCAACGUCCCCCAAAUUAAGGACGAGAAGGUUGGGGACGCUGAGUCCACCAUCAGCAUCAUGUCAAAGGAGCUUAAUGUGGCCUCCUGUCAGCUGACCGACUCCGUCCUGGAUAAGAUCAAGGUGACCAACGUCCCCCAAAAUAAGGACGAGAAGGUCGGGGGUGCUGAGUCCACCAUCAGCAUCAUGUCAAAGGAGCUUAAUGUGGCCUCCUGUCAGCGGACCAACUCUGUCCUGGACGAGAUCAAGGACACUUUUGGUCAAAAGGAGAAGAGUGAGAAAUCCACCAUGACUGACCCGAUACCAGAAAUCGAUCCAACCUGCAGGAAGAUCCUGGUUCAGCCGGUAAAGAAGCUGCCCGCUGAAGCUCCAGCUAAAGAAGCAAUCUGCACUGCAGAAAAGAUGAAGAAGAAGAAGAAGAAGGACCAGAUCCUGGGAUUCUUCAGAAGAUCCUGGCAGACCACGAAGAGGAUCUUCAACAAGAGAUCAAACAUGGAGAUCGUUACCAAGCAGGUCCAGGACUCACUGGGGAGCACCUACGUCCACCUGCCCAAUAGUGUGGAAGAGAAGGUUGGGGUCACUAAGUCCAGCAUCAGCGUCAUGUCAGAGGAGCUUAAUGUGGCCUCCUCCCCGCUGACCGACUCUGUCCUGGAUGAGGAUGAGGUGACCAACGUCCCCCAAAAUAAGGACGAGAAGGUUGGGGGCGCUGAGUCCACCAUCAGCAUCAUGUCAGAAGAGCUUAAUGUGGCCUCCUGUCAGCUGACCGACUCCGUCCUGGAUAAGAUCGAGGUGACCAACGUCCCUCAAAAUAAGGACCAGAAGGUCAGGGGCCCUGAGUCCACCAUCAGCAUCAUGUCAAAGGAGCUUAAUGUGGCCUCCUGUCAGCAGACCAACUCUGUCCUGGACGAGAUCAAGGAUACUUUUGGUCAAAAGGAGAAGAGUGAGAAAUCCACCAUGACUGACCCGAUACCAGAAAUCGAUCCAACCUGCAGGAAGAUCCUGGUUCAGCCGGUAAAGAAGCUGCCCGCUGAAGCUCCAGCUAAAGAAGCAAUCUGCACCGCAGAAAAGAUGAAGAAAAAGAAGAAGAAGAAGAAGGACCAGAUCCUGGGAUUCUUCAGAAGAUCCUGGCAGACCAUGAAGAGGAUCUGCAACAAGAGAUCAAACAAAGUUUCCCCCCUCUAAUUUCCCCACAAUCCCCCAAAUGAUAUUCCCUCCUCAGCUAUAUAGCACAUUCUCAGACAAUUCUCCAUGUAAGAUCAUUUUGGUGAGGAGCAGAAGAUUCAGAACUUAAACCAGCUUUUUCACCUUCAGGACUUCAGCUUUUAUCGACGUGAAAAUGCCGUUCCCUUUACCAUCCGCCUGGCACUGCUGCGUUCUGCCCCAUGUUGGUCCCUCCAGACCUGGACCGGUCCAUCUUGUUCCCUCUUGCUCCCUCUUGCUUCUUGGCUGAGAGCUUCGUGGUUGAGAGCUCCGGUGUACCGGAAUGUUCUCCGGUGCUCUUAGGGUCGGGGUUGUCUUAAACUUCUCUGUGCAGGAUACGAUCGCUGUUCCACAGACUUGGUUCCAUCUUGGUACCAGAAGUCCUCAUGAUACCAGAGUCUGUGGUUCCUGGUAGAGAUGGGAGGAUCGAUCGGCUAUGUAUCGAAAUCGGCCGAUUUUUUAUCAAAAUAUGCGAUCGGCCGAUAUUUCCUAAAUUCAGCAGAUCCGAUCGUGUGAUAUACAAACAUCAUCUCCAUGUUAAGCUUAACAGCUCAGUGGAUUGAUCCAGACAUUGAGCUACAAAGCUCCAACCAUCGUAUCACCAUUCAACAAACAUCGCACUUUACAACCUAAAAUAACAUAAUUAACGUUGUGCAUCAUACAUACGAUGGAAUUUUGCCGAUUGAAAUAUUUACUUUAAAAAGAUAAUUCAACCCGACCCCAUCUAAGUCAAUUCUAUGAGCACAUUAUAUGAACUCGUGGUUCACUUUGGUAAAUCGUAAGCGGUUCUUGCUUUUGAUGUAGAUGAGAGCAGAAAACGUUACAGAGCCAAUCGGAGGCAAAAGUUUAUUAGUUACUAAGUUGGUUAGUUCAGGAUCAUUUGCAGUGACUGACAGAAAACUUUUAGCUCCACAGACAGAACGACUCUGACUCGGUUACCGCUCUGUGGUAAUAGCGGUUUAAUGAAGCUUUUUAAUGUAAGAGAGUCACACAGAAUGUUCUGUAGUAGCUGGUGUUUAUUUAAAACCACGACAUUAAUUAAUUAAUUAAUUAACACGGAGAGAUAACUGAGAAGAGAAACGCUUCGCAUAAAAUGAAUCGACUCGUGAAUCACUUAUAUCAAUACUGCGAACAGAUCGUCUCUCUUAAAGACACACACACACACACACACACGUGGCAGCAUUUGGCACCGGUUUAUCUUCACUGUUUCCCUAUUUCAAGUUUUUUUCAGACUGAACUGGAUAACAUUAAACCUGCGUGUGUGGUCAGUUAGACUAAUGAAAUAUGUCUCCUGUGGGUGAAAAAAUAAAUUGCUUUAGUUUAAAAAGUAAACCCCCCGUCAACCCCCCCCCCAAUCCGAAUCGGCUAUCGGCCUAUCACCCUCAAAGAAGAUUAGAGAUCGAAAUCGGUGCCAAAAACCCUGAUCGGUACAUCUCUAGUUCCGGGUGCUUCUGAGAACUGUUGGUUGCUCGUGGUGGUGGUGUUGGAUUUCAGAAGGAAUUCUGGGACUUUGUGAGCUGAGCUUGAUCAUCUUAGAUGUUGGGCUCCCCCAGUACCAGGAUUCUGGCUUCAACACCUCAAGUGUUGGAUUUCUGAAGGAAUUCUGGGACUUUGUGAGCUGAGCUUCAUCUUCUUAGAUGUUGGGCUCCUCCAGUACCAGGAUUCUGGCUUCAACACCUCAAGUGUGGGAUUUCUGAAGGAAUUCUGGGACUUUGUAAGCUGAGCUUCAUCUUCUUAGAUGUUGGGCUCCUCCAGUACCAGGAUUCUGGCUUAAACACCUCAAGUGUUGGAUUUCUGAAGGAAUUCUGGGACUUUGUGAGCUGAGCU